CCCUGGACCGUGCUGAGCUGUGACCAAAGACGCCGACAUGAGGGGGCUGGUGGCACUCCUGCUGCUACUGGUUGGCGGCUUGAUGGACGCGGUGGCCCUGCCCGCCAGACCUCCAGCGUCCGACACUCACCAGCUGCUGCCGCCGGCACUUCAUGGGAGGCAUCACCAGGAGGCCUCCAACAGUCCACAUGUGCCGAAGAGUCGACGUACUUCCGAGCUGAUCGAGACGAUGGUGUUGAUGGCGGCAACAGCAGAGCAUGCAGAUACAAAUAAGAGACCAGCAGAGAAGUUGGCGACUCCUGGAGAUGUGUCGAGAACAUAUAUGGCCACAACAGAACCGAUGCAAGAUACUACAGUUACAAUAGACACAACACCACUGGAGACGGAAGCGCCUACGGAAACGACAGAAGAGCCUAUAGGUACAACUGACACAAUGGCUACUGAAGAUACAUCGGAAAUAAGUACGACGGGACUGACGACUGAUGAGACAACAAUACUGGAUUCGACAACGGCGGAAGAUGCAACAUGGACGGUAGAUACGACCAUCACAACAUUAAUACCAACGACAACUGGUAUUCCAUCGGAGUCUACAUCAAAAGUGACGACGACGACGGCGACGGCAACACCGGCAACAACAACAACAACGCAACACCCAUCUUCGGCACCACCACCAGAAUCUACAUCGACAACGACAACCACAAUCGCAACAACGCAGUACCCAUCUACAGUCCUACCGCCGGAGCCUACAUCCACAACAACAACAACAGAGCAUCCGCCCACUGCACAACCACCAGAAUCUACAUCGACAACGACAACCACAACCACAACAACGCAGUACCCAUCUACAGUCCUACCGCCGGAGCCUACAUCCACAACAACAACAACAGAGCAUCCGCCCACUGCACAACCACCAGAAUCUACAUCGACAACGACAACCACAACCACAACAACGCAGCACCCAUCUACAGUCCAACCGCCGGAGCCUACAUCCACAACAACAACAACAACAGAGCAUCCACCCACUGCAUCACCACCAGAGUCUACAUCCUCAACAGCCACGACGACCACGACGACGGCUCAUCCGCUGCCGCCAGUGGAUUCCACGACGUCGACCUCGACCAUGACUACCACAACUACGAGCACUGCAAGAGUUCCUCUUGUGUCACAGACUCCAGUUCAUUCAGUGUAAUUUACAGGUCAAUUUCCACUUUGUCCAUUUACUCAUAACUACACAACCCACGCUGACAAUCAGACGAUUUUUACUUGCCGUUGUGUACCGGAAACUUCACAACCAUAGUGCGUCAAAGACCUUCCGCAAGACUUUCUCCUUUCGGUUCGUCAGAGUAGAGAUAUAGCUUGUUAUAUGACCUGUAUUGUAUGUGUUAACGUAAUAGUAUUCUACAGUUCUUCCAAGCUGUGAUGCUGCAUAUGAUACAAAAGCAGUAUAAAGCAUUACUUUUCCUUUCACUUUUUUGUUUUUAUUUAUGCUGGGAGUUACAAAAAGAAUUCUGUGAAAAUGACUCCCCCCACCACACUACGAAAUUAAAUAGUGAGCAAAUACGGAGCUUAAUAUGGUUUUUUGCGAUAAUUUAACAAAUAUGGCAAGUAUAACUUAUAUAAUAUAGAGGUUAACAUCUUUUCCACAACAAGUUUCUGCAUAUUCGUUAGGCGACGAUCGCCAUACUUCUCUCUGCGGGCUUAUUCUUGUGACUGAAGCCAGAAAUGCGUUUUUGGUGUAGUAAUAUCUACUUCAAUGUUGUGAACCACCUACCUGGUCUCUAGGCCUUUGCCAGCGCUCAGUAAUAGCACCUAGAACAUCAUUAUUGUACAGAGAAAUUUAUUGGUCCAACCUUGCACUAUUUAAAUUAUCACUAACAUUAUUUUUUGUGUUUGGUUAUUAGCCACUCUAGUUUUCAAGCAUUUGUAAUAUUAUGCUCAACAAUUGACCAAUUUUUGAACAGAACAAUGUAUGUUUUCUGUUCAAACUUCUGUCCUCUCACACCGCAAGUUUUGUCGUAAGCAAUCAUUGGCUGGAAAAAAUUUAAUCGUGUUAUUAUAAUAAGGUACAAUAAUUUUUGUAAACUAAAAACACACCAAAUGUGGUAAUUAUGUCUCGAGGAAUGAACAUUUAGACAGCACACAGAUAGGGAAAGAUCUCCAAGUGCAACAAAUUUUUUAAGUAAAUUUCUUUCACAAUAACACUAAGAUGACAACAGCCAUAGAAAAGAAUCUAUUAUUACGAAAAAACUUUAUUUUUUAAUAUUAAGAUGA